AUGAGUACCAGGGCACCGAAUUGGAACGAGUUUCGCAGUGAUACGUUCACCACGCCGACCGCAGAGAUGCUCAAUAGCGUCGCGUCGGCGACCGUGGGGGAUUCCGUCUAUUUAGAGGACGAGGACACUCUUGCCCUAGAAAAACAAGUUCGUGAACUUACUGGCCAUGAGGCCGGACUUUAUUGCGUGUCAGGCACACUGUCCAAUCAGAUCGCCUUGAGAUCCCAUUUGAACAAACCGCCACACUCGGUUUUGUGCGAUUACCGCUCGCACGUGUAUCGAUAUGAAGCAGCUGGACUGGCUACACUUUCACAGGCACUGGUGACCCCAGUGAUUCCGAAGAACGGUGUGCACUUGACGUUGGAUGACAUCCAGCGGAAUUUGAUCCCUGACGAGGGAAACAUCCAUUACGCUCCAACAAGGGUGGUUUCCUUGGAAAACACAUUGAACGGGAUCCUGUUCCCGAUCGAGGAACUCCGAAAAAUCAGCCAAUGGUGUCGUUCGAAGGGAAUUGCUCUUCAUUGCGACGGGGCUCGGAUUUGGAACGCCAGCAUUGCCACUGGAAUCAGUUUGAAAGAGUACGGCAGCCUGUUCGACUCGAUUUCACUGUGUUUGUCCAAAGGUCUGGGAGCUCCAAUUGGAAGCGUUCUUGUUGGGUCCAAGGACCUGAUCCGCGUGGCCAACCAUUUCAAGAAACAGAACGGUGGUGGAAUUAGACAGGCCGGAAUAAUUGCACGGAUGGGGUCUUUGGCAAUCACUCAGAACUGGCCGAAACUAGAGCAGAGCCACAAGUUUGCCAAAGAGGUGGCUGAGCACGCCCAGAGCCUGGGGCUGGAGCUCGAGUCACCGUGCGACACCAGCUUUGUGUUCUUGCACCCGGAAACAAACCACAUCGAUCCAAAAAUCAUUGGACCUAUUUGCAAAAAGCACAAUGUUAAGGCUGGAUCUUUCCGGUUCGCGUUCAGUUUCCAAAACACGCAGGAAGCCAUAGACUCUCUGAAAGCGGCUAUUACAGAAAUCAAGCAGUACGCCGACUCAAACCCAUUCGACAAUGCCGGCGGAGCCAGUAUCUACUAG